AAAGAAAAACAUUAUCUAUCUCCUAAAUCAAUAAGGCGUUCGUUCGUAUUCACCGUAUUCUCCCGUUGCUGCGAAGAAACUCUCCCGGUCGGAGCGACGCCAGACCUCAUCAGGAAUGGAAGCCAAUAGGGGUCAGGGCGGGAUUCAGCAGUUGCUUGCUGCAGAACAAGAAGCUCAACAAAUUGUUAAUGCUGCCCGAAAUGCGAAAAUGACCAGACUGAAACAAGCCAAAGAAGAGGCUGAAAAGGAAAUUGCAGAAUAUCGAUCUCAGAUGGAACUUGCUUUCCAGAAAAAGGUUGCAGCGAGUAGCGGAGACUCGGGUGCCAAUGUGAAGCGGCUCGAAGGAGAGACUGACACCAAAAUAAGCAACCUAAAAAUAGAAGCUGACAGAAUAUCACAUGAUGUUGUGCAGAUGCUUCUGAAGCAGGUGACAACUGUGAAGAAUUAGGCCUUUGCUAGCAAAGAAGUAAAUCUUCAUGUAAUCUGGUAGCGUGUGCAAUAUGCGCUGCACUGUCGUUGCAUCUCAGACGCAUCAUGAACAGCUAAAUCAAUGAUUGUUUAACAUAGGCAGACGGCACCUGUGACUCAAAUAAGCGUGUUGUUUGUUUGUGACCUGAGUUUUAUUUAUGUGAUGCGGCUCCUCUCCUGCCCGUUCCGGGGAGAAAUUCGACUCA